GCUACAAGUACUCUGAAUUUUCCCCUGCUUUUUCAACUUGUGUGCCUUCUUGGCGAUGUCAGCAUUGCGUUUUGUCAGUUGCUCAUUGAUACAUUUGUUCCUUUCAGUUUGACUUGCUGCCUCAGCAAAGCCACAUUGUUGUUUUUGUUCUUGAACUUUGGUGAACAGCCUUUUUUUUACCUGAUUAUAAUUAAUUCUUCCUCUAAACAGGAGUAUAUAAAUAUCCCAUCAGUCGGCAUCCCAGUGAGAGCAAACAUUGUACACAAAUGGUGAUGAGCCUACGUGUAUCGGAGCUACAGGUGCUGCUGGGUUACGCUGGGCGCAACAAACACGGACGUAAACACGAGCUGCUAACCAAGGCGUUACAUCUGCUAAAAGUCGGCUGCAGCCCCGCCGUGCAUAUGAAGAUCAAAGAGCUGUACCGCCGACGUUUCCCUGCAAAAAUGUUGUCUCACUCUGAGCUCUCUCUGCCUGGACCGCAUUACCCAGCCGCAGGGGUGGUUGGAGGAGGUGGAGCCGCGUUACCCGCCGGCUUGACGCAGCUGGCAUACGAGGGUCAUGCGGGCCACACUGGAGCCCCGUCACCUGCUGCCUUACUACCCCUCUCGCUACUUGGCCCCGGGAAACACGAACUGACCGGUUUGACGCACCAUCUAUCCGCCACCGGCCCGCUGCACCCUGUCCAUCCGGAUGUGAAGCUCCAGAGGUUGCCAUUUUAUGACAUGUUUGAUGAGCUCAUCAAACCAACAAGUCUAGCUUCAGACAACAGCCAGAGAUUUCAGGAGACGUGUUUUGCCUUUGCAUUAACGCCGCAGCAAGUCCAGCAGAUCAGCAGUUCCAUGGACAUCUCGGGGACCAAAUGUGAUUCCUCAGUUCAAGUCCAAUUGCGGUUUUGCCUGUCAGAGACGAGCUGUCCUCAGGAAGAUCAUUUUCCACCCAGUUUGUGUGUGAAAGUGAAUGGCAAGCCAUGUAACCUGCCGGGUUAUCUUCCUCCAACCAAAAACGGUGUUGAGCCUAAGCGGCCCAGCCGGCCCAUCAACAUUACCUCACUGGUCAGACUGUCCACCACAGUCCCUAAUACCAUUGUGGUGUCCUGGACCGCUGAGAUUGGAAGGAAUUACUCCAUGGCAGUGUACUUGGUGAAGCAGCAGUCGUCCACAGUGCUUUUGCAGAGGCUACGGGCCAAAGGCAUACGGAAUCCAGACCACUCCAGAGCACUCAUCAAGGAGAAGCUAACAGCAGACCCAGACAGUGAAAUAGCCACAACUAGCCUCCGUGUGUCAUUGCUGUGUCCGCUUGGAAAGAUGCGGCUGAUGAUUCCAUGCCGGGCGCUGACAUGCUCUCACCUGCAGUGCUUUGACGCCACACUGUAUAUCCAAAUGAACGAGAAGAAGCCCACCUGGGUGUGUCCUGUCUGUGACAAGAAGGCCCCCUAUGAACAUCUUAUCAUCGACGGGCUUUUUGUGGAGAUCCUGAACAACUGUAUGGAUUGUGAUGAGAUCCAGUUCAAGGAAGAUGGAAACUGGUCCCCCAUGAGGACAAAAAAGGAAGUGCAAGAAGUCUCCUCUGCCUCGUUAACCAGCCUAAAUGGGCCGAGUCAGACAUCUGUGAGCUCCGAUCAGCAGAGCUACUUGUCAGCUAACCACAGCUACAGCAGUAACAGCAAGAAAAUGACCGUCAUAGACUUGACAUUAGACAGCUCCUCAGAAGACGAAGGACGGGAUACUCUGUCGCCACAGCCUCCUCCAGCCAAACGAGCCUGUCCCCCCAUGUCCCCAGCGUCACCGCCCGUCCUCAACAAAGGUGUGUUGAACCUGCACCACCAGGCCUCCCCGGUGAGUCGUGCUCCCAGCAUGCCAGCCGUGGACACCAGCUACAUGCCUCCUGUACCUCCACUCAUCCAGGACUAUAGACCUUAUUACCACACCACUGGUGACUUGCCAGAUUUGAACUUCUUCUCUUUCCUGCAGGGUGACAAUCAUCAGCAUUACAACAUGGUAAUGGCAGCAGCGGCGGCCGCCUCCACCUCAGACGACCACGAGAUGCUCCUCAACCGCUUCCUGCCCUACAGCGCCACAGGCUCUCCAGCCUCGUCGCAGCUGUUCCUAGAGCAAUCGGGAACCACUUCGGCAUCUUCACUGACUGUGCCAACAAACGGGGCUAUUAACUCAGGCAGUAGCAGCAACUUAGUGUCAUCCAGCGGCCUCCAUGACACACACUCCUUGUCUUCGCACACGCCACACUCACACAUGUUGGCCGGUCGGGGUAGCGCGGAGGCAGCUGUGGCAGCUAUUUACGGAGGAAUACCUGACAUUAUUUCACUGGACUGACUGCAAUCUCGCCAGAAAAUACAUUAUUUGGCUGCAGGAAAACUGACUUGCCCAAAUCAUUAAACUCCUGUGUGGAGUCUUUUCUCAGUCGACAGACCUGACAGUACCAGUGUCGUUCACAACGGUCCUACUGGUCAGCUGAGCACAUUGUUGGAGACUUUAUCAGUGGCUCUGCCUUACUGGUAUCAACAGGGCACAAACAGCGAGAAAACAAAAGGAUUUUUUUUUUUUACGAAUACGUGGAAAAGGCACUGUGCAGAGAGAACAAAAUCUAUUUUCUACUUUUACUUUUCUAUGUUCCAUUGGGACACGUCCAAGCUAGUGAGCUGCUUCCAGUGCUGUCCUGUGACCACAUCACAUGCUCCCCUUGCCUUGUAGAACAACAUUCACCUUCUUGUUGACCUGCUGAUGAAAUUCCUCAUCAAUCUCAAGCUCAUUUUCUGGUUCCUUACUACAGUUAAUUAAGGUAUUGCUCUGUUCUUAUUGCUUUUACGCAAUCCGUGACAUGUUCGGGUUAUGCAGAUUUAAUGAUGUGCAGGGUGCAGGUGGAGCAGCCAUAACUGGGUCACUUUCACUCCUUUUCAAGACUCAGUCAGUAAAUAGCAUUUAUACUUUUUAGGAGCUUCACACUAUUUAUAUUUGUAAAUUAAGAGAUGGAAGUAAUCUUUUGUGUUGUUGCUGCUCAAUGCCAAAAAUUACAAGGUACCUUAAUGGUAAUCAGAGUGUUAUCCAAAAGCUUGUCUCAUACAUAGUUUCCCCACAAAAAGGGAUAUAAUAAUUAUUAUUAUAUUUGUGUCUCAGGCGAAGUUUCAGGAUGAAGCUAAAAUGCACUUAGCAUAUGAACUUAAUGAAUUGUGAAUGGUCAGUUCUUUGUUACAGAACAUCAGGUUAUGCAAACAGUACUCAUCAUCGGGUGACUCUGGGGGUUCGGGGCGCACUCGAUUACACGCCGCUACACUUUGCUGUUCGCCAUGGCAACGGGGAGGUCCUGUUUCUCGAGCCCCGCAUCCCUUGAUAAUACAUCUGGGAAGGUGAGGCCUCUGUAGUGGACUGAGCUGCCUGUUUUCCAUAGCAAUAGUGGCUGAAUGAUUUCCCCAGUGGAUAGCAGUGCCCAGCAAACGAGAGCCUCUGCUUAGAGACCUUCUGAGAUAGUGGCAUAAUAUCUCCGUAUAUACACUCUGAGGUAGCAUGCUCGGACCAUUAGAUGUUUUGGGCGUGUCUGAGCAAGUUGGUGUAGGCUCCGCCCAGGCAUUUCUGUUGUUGUGUGAAGAGAGUCCACAUUUCUGCUCCAUAGAGGAGAAUAGGCUCUAUCACAGUUUGAAAGAUGUACAUUUUUGUUUCAAGACCUAUGGUCGAGUGCCACAGCUAACUGCAGGCUGUCCAUGCUGAGGCUUUGCGGGACUUCAUAUAUUUUGCGGCAUCGAUUAUGUAAGAUCCAAGAUACUUGAAGUCGGUUACUUGGUUUAUACUGUUCCAAGAAGAUGACAAAAGACAGCAAUUUGGAACUGAUGAGAUUACUUCAGUCUUGCUUUCAUUGCAAUGGAGUACUAUUAGGCAAGCAGCAUUUUCCAAUGAGUGGAGAAGGGAUUCAGAAUUUGGGACAAGAUCGGAGAUCAGAGCAAUGUCAUCCGCAAAAUCAAGGUCACUAACGUGUGUGGACGUUUGCAUUCUGCUGUGUCUCGGGUGGAGCUGUAGGCCUUUGUGGUCGAUUGUGUCCAGAGAGAGGCGCAGAACAUAGUCAAAUAUAAUGAUAAACAAGAAUGGAGCUAGUGUGUCCCCUUGAUUCCUGCCUCGAUUUGGAAAAAUGCAGUUUCAUCAUCAGCUGUAAUAACUGUAGCCUGCGUGUUGGCAUAGGGUGUUUUAAUGGCGUCAAUGAUAGGUUGUGGGAUGCUGUAGAGGGGAGGAUGUUGAACAUGGCUUCUCGAUUGAUUGCGUCAAAUGCUUUCCGAAAGUCCACAAAACUGAUUGUGAAGUGCUUGUCGAGCCUUUUUUAUUUCUUCAAUAAUGCGACGUAGGGUGAAAAUUUGUGAGAUGGUAGAUGGGCCCCUUCUAAAGCCAUUCUGGUUGUUGAUCAACUGCUGGCACAAGCCGAUUCAGCAGGAGCUUGUUGUAGAUUUUGGCUGCGAUCGGUGUUAGAGCGAUGCCUCUGUAAUUGGAGGCCAAUGCCAGGUCACCUUUUUUGGGAAUUGGCACAAUACCAGACUUUGUCCAGGCAGACGGUGGCGAUAAAACAGAAAAGGUGUGGUUACAGAACCUGAGCAGUAGGUCAGAUCUAUCCAAAUGAGACUCAUUGGCUCUCAGAGACUCUACUUCCUCGCGCAGCUAUGGUGAAUGGAGACAUGCUAAUGUCAAGCGGCUCGGCAAUCUGGAUAAGAGGUAAGGGUCUGUUCUCUUGGGUGUUAGCUGGUUGCCCCCCAAACAGAUUUUUAGAGUGGGAUAACCCGUUUUCUUUCCGUUUUUCAGGGGAUACUCCUUUGAUCAGAAUCGAUGGUUAACUUUUUUUGGCCAGCAAGAUCAUUAAUGAUAGGUCAGGCUGCUGCAUCUUGGUUUGAAAAGCUGAGUUAUCCGAUUCGAUAAAUUUUCUUCUCUACACAUGCUGCUACCGCCUUGGCGUAGGCUUCGUCAAGUUGGGCCUGGGCAUUAGUCAGUGUUCUGAGAGAUGUUCAUGUGGGCUUUUGUUCAUGUCUAGUAGUGGCUUUGCGAUUAGCCAAUCGAGCUUUGUUGACUAGAGGAUGGCUGCUGAGAGGCUUUUGUGUGGUGCCCAAAUAUUCACAGCCCUAUUUUUUAUAUCUAAUAGUGCUACAUGAUGCUUAUAGUGUUUUACCAAAUUUGCAUGUUUUUAGCACACGUUGCUCAUCCCCUUUUUUAUGAAGCUAAAAAAUAUAAUUAUUUGUCUCAAAGUAGUCUUUGUUGUCUCUCACGAAGUCUGCUGUGAGUAGUAAGUUUGUCGUUGUUGAAGGGUAAAGCGAACAUUGUGAAAUUAAUGAGCAAAAUACGUACAUAUUACCUUAUUAUUAAUAUUAUUUAUUAUGAUUGUGCCUGUUACUACAUUGCUAACAGUAUGUGUAUAAACGGUUGAUGGAGGUGUAUAGGCGGAAUAGAGCGGCUCCCCUUGUUUCUAUUGUUAGCUGAAUUUUGCUAAUUUAUUAUUUACGAUUUAGAGUGCAAUAAAAAGGAAAACAUAUGGUUCUGUGUUAUAUUAGGAUUGUUAUUGAUACACAAAAUUUAAAAAAAUGUGGUUCCCCUUUAAUUUCACAUGCAAAGAGCAUUUUAGUUUCAUCCUGUAAUUUCACCCAAAAACCGAAAAUCACAUACCUUUUAUGGAAACUACGUUCAUUGAGAAGUCGCAUGACUGUUUAGCAUAAAUUACCAAUACUUUUUGAAGUUUCAUUUGCCUCAGAGGACAUAGGGGCAUUGACCAAGUUUCAACUACUGCCUGGCAUGGUGCUCCAAAAUAAUCUCCUAGUAGGGUCACCUCGAACAUUUGUCUUAUAUUUGGAAACAUAAGUCGUUUCCAUAUUGAAGCAUUUAAGAAGGAAUUACCUUGAAUGGGUAAUAACACAUUUCUAUCUCAAUUAUUCCCUUUUUGGUCCACAGGUUAUUGGUUCUAUUCGUAGUUAGAUUACAUUUUCCCAGAAUUUGAAGUCAAGUUUAGGGGGCCCGUUGUUCAAUGCAUGAAUAGAUUAGCGCCCACGAGCUGGUCCUUUUGUGGACUGUCCUGUCAAAGCCGCCAUUCCACUGGAACUAUCAGUUUUGCUGACGGAUGUAUCGCAUGUUUUCUGGGGUUGCAGAGUGGACACAUGAGGUUAAAUUGAGUGUGUCCACUCAGGUUGACGUGACUUGUCAACCAUUUCCACUCCCGGCACAUUCCAAAGCGUCAUUGUUGAGUGCCGACAACAGGUUCCAUCUUUUGACGCGCAUGGUCAUCCCUUUCAGGAAAAUGACCACACCUUUAGUUUCUUUUCAGGCCCUUUUCAGCGGUCACUGGCUGUCACUCAAGUGUAAACUAGCAGAGUACCAAACCAAAAUCACUGAAUUGAUCCCUAUUCGGUCCAGGGGGCCGUUUUCUAGCUCCCAUCUGAUAUGAAGAAGUGGACCAGAAAGACAUAUUUGUCUUAUUUCCAAAAAUCAAAAAGUCUGUCCCAACUUUUUGUUGGUUUGCUUUUUGCUAAGAAGAAGUCAUCCUCUUAGGAACUCAACAAGCGCACUGCACGCCUCAUCCUUUAUACAAAUAAGCUCUCAUGUAUUUCUUGUGUUGUGCAGUAUUUUAUUUAUUGAAUAUUAUAGAUUAUAUUUUUACAGACUGAUUUCAGUGGGAAAGUGUAAAUGAGUCACUGUCUUUUAAUUUUUUUGUUUCAUGUGGCGCUUUCUCACUCGGUACCAUUAAGCUAUUAACAAAACAUGCUCAUGUGUUUGACGGCAGCUUUAAUAAUGAAUGCUCGCUAGCUAAUGCAAAUGUUAUGAGUCAGUGAAAGUUUCAUGUCUUUCGUCGUUAAGUCACUCCAGUGAGUCAUCUCUUAAUGGGUUCAUGAUUCAUCAGAGGGAAUUUGGGGUCGUUAGUGCGUAUCAACUUGUUUUCUAACAAGGAGCUAAACGGUGAAAAUUGCUACAGCUGUGUGAUUCAGGUUUAAUUAGAAUUUAUUUGUAUUUAUUAUUCAAACAGUCAUUAUCAUCACGCGGUUCACAUUUGAAAGACGACGCCUAACAAUUGAUCAACAGUGCCUCGGAAGUGGCCACUGAGCUUAGAGUGUCGCAGUUCUACAGAAAGUGCAUCACCCAGCUGUUGGGAAUGUUGCUCUUCCGUUGUUUGUUAGAGAGACAGCAAGUUGUGCAAAAAGUAGUGAAACAUUGAACAGCACACUCAAAAUUCAUGACGUUCAACAAUAAAGUUGUUUCCGCGUUUGACCUCAAUGCGGAAAUGUUACCCACUUUUUCAUGUAAAUAAUUGAAGAUAAGCAAUGAUGAGCUUCCUGGCGACAAAAACUCAGCCUGACAUUUGUGGCAUCAAAACAGAAACCAAAAUCCUUGUGUGUAAAAAAAUAAAAAUAAAAGGCUAAAGUAUCUAAAACUAUUGCUAUUUUACACAAAGUGAAGGAAUUUCCCAUUUAAAAAGCAUUGUAUAUUUUGUAUAACUCCCUGAUUGUUCCAUAUCUAACAUACUGUAUUGAAAUGUGUGGUAGUGCCUGUAAAACAUAUUUAAAUCCAAUCUUCCUUCUGCAGAAAAGAGCGGUAAGAAUCAUAAGUGGAAAUGCAUACAGGGAACAUACGAACCCAAUAAUCAAACAGUUAAACAUAUUGACAUUUCAUGAAUUGGUAGAGUAUAAUAUCCUAAAAAUCAUGGUCAAAGCACAUCAGAAUCAGAAUACCUUUAUUGUCAUUGUAUGGAAACAACGAAAUUGGACAGCAAUCCAGCUCAGUUUAAAACAACCUACAUAAAAUAGUCUUAAAGGCCAACUGAAAUGACAUUUUCUUAUUUAAACGGGGAUAGCAGAUCCAUUCUAUGUGUCAUACUUGAUCAUUUUCGCGAUAUUGCCAUAUUUUUGCUGAAAGGAUUUAGUAGAGAACAUCUACGAUAAAGUUCGCAACUUUUGGUCGCUGAUAAAAAAAGCCUUGCUUGUACCGGAAGUAGCGUGACGUCGCAGGUUGAAGGGCUCCUCACAUUUCCCCAUUGUUUACACCAGCAGCGAGAGCGAUUCGGACCGAGAAAGCGACGAUUACCCCAUUAAUUUGAGCGAGGAUGAAAGAUUUGUGGAUGAGGAACGUGAGAGUGAAGGACUAGAGUGCAGUGCAGGAUGUAUCUUUUUUCGCUCUGACCGUAACUUAGGUACAAGGGCUCAUUGGAUUCCACACUUUCUCCUUUUUCUAUUGUUGAUCACUGAUUUUUAUUUUAAACCACCUCGGAUACUAUAUCCUCUUGAAAAUGAGAGUCGAGAAUGCGAAAUUUACAUUCACAGUGACUUUUAUCUCCACGACAAUACAUCGGUGAAGCACUUUAGCUACAGAGCUAACGUGAUAGCAUCAUGCUUAAAUGCAGAUAGAAACAAAAGAAAUAAGCCCCUGACUGGAAGGAUAGACAGAAGAUCAACAAUACUACCAAACUCUGGACCUGUAACUACACGGUUAAUGCUGUACCGCCGGACGAAGCCUAGCAAUGCUGUUGCUAAUGACGCCAUUGAAGCUAACUUAGCUACGGGACCUCGACAGAGCUAUGCUAAAAACAUUAGUUAUCCACCUACGCUAGCCCUCAUCUGCUUUUGAUUGAUUGAUUGAGACUUUUAUUAGUAGGUUGCACAGUGAAGUACAUAUUCCGUACAAUUGACCACUAAAUGGUAACACCCGAAUAAGUUUUUCAACUUGUUUAAGUCGGGGUCCACAACACCCGUGCUCACCUGCGUUCCAGCGAUCGACGGCGCGACGAAGGACUUCACCCGAUCAUCAAUGCGGUCGGAGGCUAGCGCCGGAUAGCGCGUCUGCUAUCCAUCUCAAAGUCCUCCUGGUUGUGUUGCUGCAGCCGUCCGCUAAUACACCGAUCCCACCUACAGCUUUCUUCUUUGCAGUCUCCAUUGUUCAUUAAACAAAUUGCAAAAGAUUUACCAACACAGAUGUCCAGAUUGCUGUGGAAUUUUGCGAUGAAAACACAGCUGUUUGUAUUGGAUACAAUGUGUCCGAAUACUUCCGCUUCAACCAUUGACGUCACGCGCAAACGUCAUCAUACCUAAACGUUUUCAACCGUAAGUUUCCCGGGAAAUUUAAAAUUGCACUUUAUAAGUUAACCCGGCCGUAUUGGCAUGUGUUGCAAUGUUAAGAUUUCAUCAUUGAUAUAUAAACUAUCAGACUGCGUGGUCGGUUGUAGUGGGUUUCAGUAGGCCUUUAAGACAACAAACAAUAAUUACAAAAAAUUAAAUUUAAAAACAUAAUAAAAUGUUAAAAACAUUGCACAGCAGAUCUCUAUCAGUUAAUAAAGUGGUGAGUGUUCAGGUGCGUGCAGAGUUUAGGGCAAUAACAGCUCUAGGAUAGAAACUGUUUUUCAAUCUAUUUGUCCUUGCUAUGAUGGUCUUAUAGCGCCCCCCUGAGGGCAAGAAUUCAAGCCAGUGGUGACCUGGGUGGGAUGAGUCCCUGAGGAUGCUGUUUGCUCUCAUGUUGCAGUGUCUCUUAUACAGCUCCUCUAGAGAUGUAAGAGGACAUGUAGUGAUCCUCUGGGCCGCGUUUAUGACCCCCUGUAAUUUAUUUCUCUCUGCCACCGUGCUGCUAGAAAACCACACGGAGAUACCGUAGGUCAGUAUUGACUCAACGUAGCAGCAAUAGAAAGACAGGAGCAGGUUAUCAGCCAGAUCUAUUUUCCUCAGCCUUCUCAGAAAAUACAGUCUUUGCUGACCUUGUUUCAAUUCUACCAAACAACAUUCAAAAUAGAUUUGUAAAAAGAGAAAGUAAUUAUAAUCUGAAAGGAACUGAGGUCUUUAAUUCAUCUACAUUUAGAGCGGUGAUAAUGGAAUUAAGUAUUUCAAUCAAAUGUGUUAGUUUAUGGAACAAUCUUGACAAUGAAAUAAAAUCUCCUACUGUAGUCAAAAUAUAUUUAAAAAUCAUGAUGAUGAAAAUAUAUGACUUGGAGUACGUCAUUGUUUCCAUGCUUAGUUAUUUUGUUGUAUUUUAUGAAAUAUGUAUGUUAUAUAUAUAUAUAUAUACACUGUAUGUUUGAGGAACAGCUUUGAACUAUUAUGAACUUCUCUCUUCAGACAGGGGUCUUCCCUGCCUCUUUUAAAGCGGCGGUGGUAAGGCCCCUUCUGAAGAAGAGCAGUUUGGACCCAAACGUUUUUAAUAACUACCGACCUGUAUCCAACUUACAGUUUUUAAGUACACCUUUAGAAAAACUGUUUUUUAACCAAGUCAAUGACUUUUUAAAUAUAAAUAACAUUUUAGGAAUACACCAGUCUGGUUUCAGAAUGAACCACAGUACCGAGACAGCACUUUUAAAGAUUUUGAAUAACAUCAGGUGGAAUUUAGAUAAUACAAAACUAACAGUGUUGGUUCUGCUGGAUCUAAGCACUGCUUUUGACACAGUAGACCAUUUUAUUAAAGACACCUGGUGGGCCGCCUCUCUGAUACUGUUUUUAACUGGUUCUGCUCUUAUCUCACAGACAGAUGUUUUAUGUAAGAGUGGAUGCAUGUUCCUCGGGAACCCAUGAGAUAAGAUUUGGGGUUCCUCAAGACUCAGUUUUAGGUGCCAUUCUUUUUCAUCUUUAUAUGCUGUCUUUGGGGAUGUCAUUAGGGGAAACGGCAUCAGUUUCCACAGUUAUGCUGAUGAUACACAGCUGUACAUCGCCGUGUCGCCUGAAGACACAGGACCAAUAGAUACACUUUGUAACUGUAUUGUAGACAUCAAGUCAUGGAUGCCAGUGACUUUCCUACAGCUCAACCAGGACAAAACACAGGUUUUAGUUAUAGGUCCUGAAGACCAGAGGGAGAAACUUUUGCCAAAAUUACAAGAUUUUAAACCAACCAAAAUUUGGGCGUGAUUUUUGACUCCGAGCUGACUUUUAUCCCACAUAUUAAACAUUUUACAAAAAUAGGUUUUUAUCAUCUGGAGAACGCCAGAGUUCGCCAAUUUCUCUCUCAGACCAACACAGGGGUGCUAAUGCAUGCUUUUAUUUCCUGUCGUCUAGACUAUUGUAAUGCCCUGCUCUCUGGCCUUCCCAAAAAUAAUAUCAAAAGUUUACAAUCAUUACAAAACUCCAGACCAGAGGGCGGAAGCGCAUUACACCAGUUUUAAAGUCGCUGCAUUGCCUCCCCGUCCGCUUCAGGGUCGAUUUUAAAGUACUAUUAGUUUUAAAUGUCUUAAUGGCCUUGCGCCUUCCUAUCUAUCUGACCUGCUUGAACCGUAUCAACCCUCGCGGAUCCUGAGGUCCUCUGGCACUGGCCUUUUAGCUUUACCGAAUACCAGAACAAAGACCUACGGUGAGGCGUCAUUUAGCCACUAUGGCCCCGCACCUGUGGAACAGCUUGCCAGAGAGCCUCAGAACUGCACAGAGAGUUUUUAAAAAAAAGGCUAAAGACACACCUUUUUAAUCAGGCUUUUUACUAAUCUGUAUUUUAUUAUUUGAUUGUGUUAUUUAUAUUUAAAUCGUUUUGUUUUGUAAAAAGACACAUUGCAAGCUCGGAGAGAUGUCACACUCAUGCAGUGUGGGGUUUUUACGCGCAAGGAUUUUGCCUCCAUAAACAUCAACAUCCGAACUCGCUCAGUCAUCACAACUUAUGCACUACUAACGCGCUUUGUUAUAAAGCCCCGUCAACUGCAACCCCGUUCAAGAUGUUACACCCUUUUCCAGUCUUGUGUCCUAUCUAGCAAUGAAAAUGCAAAUAUCGACUGUAAACUAAGUGAGGUGGGCAGGCCGUGUUCGAGUUUUGGCUGUGCAGGAAAUGCAUACAAAUCCUCUACAGCGCCCUCCUGUGUUUUGUUAUUACAGCAGUUAUAAUUACUAAGAUAUUAUUUUCUGCUCCUCGCUGACGAUGUCUUGUGUCGGACAAAUGUUGCAGGGACAGAAAGGCACGUCCCAAGCGGUGUGUGCACAUUUGCACACUGGAUGUGUUACUUUCCCAACCUUUAUUCAACCCAGGCACAGGUUUCAUGAGAAAAACCUCACAACUUCACGGCCAAACACAAAUGUUACACACAGUUUUAAUAUCCGCUGGUUAUUUAUGUACCUACUGCCAUCUAGUUCAAAAGCAUAUAAGGGCCAUUCCACCAAAUCAAUGCCAACAUCUGUUUCAAGUACUCAAAAUGUGUAUUGGUCCAUCUUAGGCAUUUCUUUAGUUCUUGUACAAUAUUGCUAAGACACUCAUUGGAGUAACAGCAGUGAGUUUUAGCAUAGAACAGUAUACAAUAAAUCUAGCCAUUUAUGCUGGUAGUGUGUUGACACCAAGCACAUUGCUGUGAUUCAA